AUUAGUUAGCUUAUCAUCUGUAUGUUCGCAAUUCGCUUUUCAUGCGAAUUAUUUAUUUCAAACGCUUGAUAGGCUUAGUCGCGACAACUUCGAAGCAUAAAGUAACUUAGCAUAUCAGUGAAAUGGCCAAUGUUCAGUCUAUUUGGAAAAAGAUGGAUACCAGACGCCGACAGCUGGUGGAGGCGGCCGAGAAGCGACGACAGGAGGAGGCCUCCCGCGGCGUCAAGGACCCUGAGAAGGUGAAGCGCAAGCAGCAGCGGUCCGAGGAGAUGGAGAGGCGAGAGGCUGAACUGGCUAAGGAGGGAGGAUCCAACCUCAAGUGGACGACAGGGUGAGGUCCGGAGCCAGGCGGAAGUAGUCAGAGCAGUCAGCCCGAUCCGCCCGCACCCAUUUCCAAAGAAGAGAAAUACCGAUACAAGAACUAAGGUCCCGCUGUAUGUUACAUUAUCUCUGUGGACUAAAGAUAAGUGUGAUGUUGCUAAUUUAUUUU